UUCCGUUUUGCAGUAUUCCUCCAAUCACAAAAUCAAUGCUUUCCGGAAUCGAGUGCAUUAGCAGCCCAGAAAGGUACUCAACCCCGAAAGAUUAAUUUCAUCUCCGAAACCGUUGAAACCUCAGACCCGAUUAAUCCAAUUCUGUGGAAAAAUCUAAACAGAGCAAGAGACUGCCGGUAGACGGACGAAACCCCAAACGAGCUGGGUGGGGUGGAAAGCAAAAAAAAGCGAGACAAAUUGUGCUAAUAAAGCAGGAGGGCAGCGUGUCCCCCAACAAGUGAGCAAGCAAGCAAGCAAGGAAAGUGAUAUUCAAAUCACAACCCUUGGGAAUACUUUACUCGGCGAAGAGUGGGUUGGGUUCAGUUCAGGUGAAAAUCCCGCAGUGCCCGUCAGCAGCUCACCGAUAAUAACAACAAGAACAGCAUCAACAACAUCAUCUGGAACAGGAUCGGAACGAAAGCGCCGCAGGUUCCGAACACGACAACAACAAACCAAAAUACUCUCAACAUCAACCAUCAUCAUGAGGAUACGACGCGGCGAUUCCGUCGAUGUCGGGACAGUCUUUCAAGUGGCAUUUGUCACCAUGGCAGUUUCUUUUGCACAGGUCACAACCGAGGACUGCGGCCAGGAGGAACUGAUCCAGUGCACAAGGCCACUCCAAGUACUCUCAGCUACCUCAGAACUUUCGUUCGUCACAAAGAAGGAAGAGCUGGAUCAGCUCUGCCCUGACCUGCACGCGGGACUGCAUUGCAUACGAAGUUACACCAGGCGCUGCAUGAACAUCCACCAGCGGGAUCACUUCAACAAGCUGUACCACGGAACGAACGAGGUCAUUCACGAGCUCUGCGAGGAGGGUCCAUAUCAGAAAGACUUUCUUAGACAUGCACCCUGCAUGCGGCACGUGAAGAAAGACUACGAAGUGUGUGCGGUCAGCUACCAGAGCACAAUGGCCAAAAUCGGACAAACGGUGGCCAGCAGCACCCCGAGGACCCCAUACGGCGUGGGUGGGGGUGCCCAACAGCAGCAGCAGCAGCAACCGACUCCGAUGUCACUUUCCUCGAACGAUGUCCAGCAACAGGAACAGCAUCAACAUCAUCAUCAUCGGCAGCAUCACCAUCAACAGCAAAACAACAUGACGAAAAGUGCUGAGGAUGCGGAGGAAGAAAGACUCAAAACUGUUUGUUGUGCAUUCCACAAGUACAUGCAGUGCUCCGAGUUCACGGUUCGCCAUGCGUGCGGAGAUGAGACAGCACUUUUCACGCGUAAAUUCCUUGACAAAAUGUCCAACACGCUGAUGAGGAUGCAUUGUGUCGACUACACACCGGAAAGUGGCAAAUGUCGAGACUACUUCACGUCGGCCGCGUCACGUGUCCACCUGGCCAUAAUCGACGUCCGGUUCAUGCUGAUGGGCACGCUCCUAACCUGGGCCGCAGUAAUGCUAGCCGGAUCUCGCUGAGUGGGCUGCCUGAGUUGGGGUGGCCUGUGGUCGAUCUAAUCAGAGCUUGGGCGGAGAAAAGUAUUGAAUCCUAGACACCUCUAUUACAAAUUACACUAAAACUAAAAUUAAAAUUAACACUAGAACGAGACAGACAGAGAGAGAUAGAGAGAGAGAGAGGGAUAACAUGAGCCUAGCAGCCGCAUAUACAAUAACUGGCACAGAAAAGCCCCAAACUCGAGGAAAUUGAGGGUGGCUAAAGCUCUCUUCCGAACACGACGACAAGGA